AUGGAAGAGGAAAUCAAAUGCGCAAUAUGUGAUGGUGGGUUUGUGGAAGAGAUGAGUGGGGAAGGAGUAGACACAGCCACAGACCCAGAAUCCAAUACGUACCUCUCUCUUUGGGCUUCAUUUUUUACUGAAAUGCUCGACAGCGACGAUGACGAAGAAGAAGAAGAAGGCGUCAUGCUCGGGAGGCGGCGGAGGAUGUCAGCCAUCAGUAGGUUGCUCGUGGACGUCCUAGAUGAUGCUGAGAACGAGCGGGAGCCCAUCAUUUUCAUCGACAAUGCCAUACUUGUUCUGGGAUCUCCGGAUACUAACCAGUCACAAGGACAAAGCUCAGUUGAUGGCGGCACCGGCGUUCCCUUGCGGGACUUUCUAGGACUUGCCCUGGAUCUUGCGUUGCAGCGUCCGGAAGAGACCGAUCUAAAUCGUCAUGGAACUCCGCCAGCACAGAAAGCAGCGGUGGAGGCGAUGCCCACGGUGAAGAUCGAGGAGAGUUUGAGUUGUUUGGUCUGCCUGGAAGACUUGGAGAUCAGCGCAGAGGCCCGGGAGAUGCCCUGCAAGCAUAAAUUCCACGCCGGGUGCAUACUCCCAUGGCUCGAGCUCCAUAGUUCGUGCCCGAUCUGCAGGUUUCAGAUGCCUACAGAGGAAUCAACGAGCUCGAGUGCAGGCGGCAAUGGCGACAGGGUGGGGGUUCAUGAUGGGAGUGGCAAUGACAGUGGUGGACGUGACGAGAGAGGAUCCCGGUUACCUGCCACUGGGCCUUUCAGUGUAUUGUUGUCUCUACUGCGGUCUCACCGCAGUGGAGACUCUUCUUCGUCACAGCCAUCAUCCUCCUCCACCGGAAGUAACUCUUAG